CUUUGCAUGUGAGAGGUAGUGGGAUCGAUGCCCACAUUCUCCAAAAGACUUAACUGUUCCUUCUACUUAUGUAGGGAGAGUCCAGUUAAUGUGGAAAACCAGUUUUACAGCUGAACGUGGGUAAGACAGUCGCAAUCAGAAAGGUCUGGAUGAGGCAUCCAUAGGACCCAAAUGACACAAAGUCCUGAGUGGAAGAGGGAGAGAGAGCAGGAGAAGGAAAGAGGUCCCGGGAGACCCGACUGUCCAUCGCAGAGAGGCCUGGCUGCAGGGGCUGUUAGGUGGGGCUAAAAACUUGGUGUCGUAGUGACAUGCAUGGGGCUGGUUGGUGAACUGCUGUAGCUGGCCACCGCUAGUCAUUCACAGCAGCUCCCAGAGUUUCUCUCUGCUGUUCCGUUUCCUUGUCUUGACAUUUAUACACAGCUCAUUCAAAGAGGUAGCAGUAUCGUGGCCUCCUCUCAUAACUGAGUGCAAAGCAGCUCUCUGUUGUGGAGCAGCUUUUACUCUGACAGAGGAGGGUAAAACCAGCCAGUGGUGCAACACAUCCAACACGCUAGGAUAGCUUCCUCCAUUUUGGACUCUCUGUUCCCUCCUAGGUAUCAUAGGGAUCUCUUCCAAGAAGGCUCACGCUUGGUCAGCGAUGUGUGGAUUGAUUUUGCCCCCUUGAACCGGACCCACUGAUUGGAUGAAUUGAAUGUACUGCUGUAAAUCAAGGUCUUAAUCAUGGAACCAGUCAGCUCGAUGACAUGGUCAUCACAUUAAAGUGAAAUUGACUCGACGAGUCAUCCAACAUGCUACGAUAGCAUUUUGGACUCUCUGUUCUCUCUUAAGUAUCAUAGGGAUCUCUUCCAAGAUGGCUUGUGAUUGGUCGCUGGUGUGCAGAUUGACUUUGCCUCCUUGACCGGAUCCUCUGAGUAGAUGAGUUGAAUUCACUGCCUUAAAUGCUGCCGCGUGGAGGCCUUGAUGGAGCCAAUUAGCUCAAUAACAUGUAAACACAGCAGACUAAAGUCAAGCUGACUCGACGAGGAUGGGAUUCGAACCCACGUGCGCAGAGCACAAUGGAUUAGCAGUCCAUCGCCUUAACCACUCGGCCACCUCGUCUGUUGAUGGGGUUUCAAUGUCCAUACAGCCGUGGCGUUGUAUGGACAAUCUGUGAAACGCAUUGACGUCGGCUAACGUGGCGGUCGUGAGAGCGGUCAGAGUCACGGGACUGAAGGUGUGAAUAGUUGAGGAGCCUUUUCAGAAGGAUUGAAUCAUAGCUGACAGUCUAAACAGCCCGUUCACACAUACAGACUUGAACACUGGAGACACAACAGGACGCCUUUCAUUAUCACGUGGACUCUCAAAAACUGCCACUGCUGCUCAAAGGGAAGUUGAGAGAACUUCAACUUUAUGCUGAAGUUAAGACGAGAGGGGGAGAUUGAAAAAAGAGAUGCAUGGGGGAAAAAAACAUGCCAGCAGAGUGCUGACAUUACAUGUAAGAGGACUCUCUCUAUCUUAGUUCUGAAUUAAUUGUAAAGGGGAGAUUGUUUGUUGUAGUGCAGGAGAAAGUUCCAGGGACUAUUACAUAGACACAGUAGGAAAGACUUGUGGAGAAUGCGGGCAUCAAUCCCGCUACCUCUCGCAUGCUAAGUGAGCGCUCUACCACUUGAGCUAAUUCCCCUAUAAUCUAAAAAGCACUCUCUUCACUUUUAAUCACUCCCCCCUGCAGUCUUGAAACGUGGCUUUUCUUGUUAACUUGCAGUCAUGUAAAGACAGAAGAUUGAAUUGAACAUCACCUGACGAGGAUGGCAUUGGAACAGAGGCGUGAAGAGCACAAUUGAUUAGGAGGUCUUCACGCAGACCUGGAAGGUCUGGAGGGUUUCAUUGGUGUCUUUUCUAAGUGGAGACACCAAAUAGAGAUAGGUUUUCCCCCCACCAGGAACAGGAAUCCUGCACAGGGGAGGAAGGUAGAGAAGUGCAGCACGGAGCGAGAUAUCGUCUCUUUCUUCAUAGGGGAAUUAGCUCAAAUGGUAGAGCGCUCGCUUCGCAUGUGAGAGGUAGUGGGAUCGAUGCCCACAUUCUCCAAAAGACUUAACUGUUCUUUCUACUUACGUAGGGAACGUCCAGUUAAUGUGGAAAACCAGUUUUACAGCUGAACGUGGGUAAGGCAGUCGUAAUCAGAAAGGUCUGGAUGAGGCAUCCAUAGGACCCAAAUGACACAAAGUCCUGAGUGGAAGAGGGAGAGAGAGCGGGAGAAGGAAAGAGGUCCCGGGAGACCGGACUGUCCAUCGCAGAGAAGCCUGGCUGCAGGGGCUGUUAGGUGGAGCUGAAAACUUGGUGACGUAGUGACAUGCAUGGGGCUGGUUGGUGAACUGCUGUAGCUGGCCACCGCUAGUCAUUCACAGCAGCUCCCAGAGUUUCUCUCUGCUGUUCCGUUUCCUUGUCUUGACAUUUAUACACAGCUCAUUCAAAGAGGUAGCAGUAUCGUGGCCUCCUCUCAUAACUGAGUGCAAAGCAGCUCUCUGUUGUGGAGCAGCUUUUACUCUGACAGAGGAGGGUAAAACCAGCCAGCGGUGCAACACAUCUAGGAUAGCUUCCUCCAUUUUGGACUCUCUGUUCCCUCCUAGGUAUCAUAGGGAUCUCUUCCAAGAAGGCUCACGCUUGGUCAGUGGUGUGUGGAUUGAUUUUGCCCCCUUGAACCGGACCCACUGAUUGGAUGAAUUGAAUGUACUGCUGUAAAUCAAGGUCUUAAUCAUGGAACCAGUCAGCUCGAUGACAUGGAAACACAGCAGAUUAAAGUGAAAUUGACUCGACGAGGAUGGGAUUCGAACCCACGCGUGCAGAGCACAAUGGAUUAGCAGUCCAUCGCCUUAACCACUCGGCCACCUCGUCUGUUGAUGGGGUUUAAAUGUCCAUACAGUCUGGCUGGGCCACCGCUAGUCAUUCACAACAGCUCCCAGGAAUUCUCUGUUUUCUCAUCUUGACAUUUAUACACGGCUCAUUCAAAGAGGUAGCAGUAUCAUGGCCUCCUCUCAUAACUGAGUGCAAAGCAGCUCUCUGUUGUGGAGCAGCUUUUACUCUGAAAGAGGAGGGUAAAAGAAGCCAGCGGUGCAAGUCAUCCAACAUGCUACGAUAGCUUCCUCCAUUUUGGGAUCUCUUCCAAGAAGGCUUGUGAUUGGUUGGUGGUGUGCAGAUUGACUUUGCCUCCUUGACCGGAUCCUCUGAGUAGAUGAGUUGAAUUCACUGCCUUAAAUGCUGCCGCAUGGAGGCCUUGAUGGAGCCAAUUAGCUCAAUAACAUGUAAACACAGCAGACUAAAGUCAAGCUGAUUCGACGAGGAUGGGAUUCGAACCCACGUGCGCAGAGCACAAUGAAUUAGCAGUCCAUCGCCUUAACCACUCGGCCACCUCGUCUGUUGACAGGGUUUCAAUGUCCAUACAGUUGUGGCGUUGUAUGGACAAACUGUGAAAAAAUCUCUUUGGCGGUCAUGAGAGCGGUCAAAGUCACGGGACUGAAGGUGUGAAUAGUUGAGGAACCUCUUUGGAAGGAUUGAAUCAUAGCUGACAAUCUAACAGCCAGUUCACACAUACAGACUCCAACACUGGAGACACAAAAGGACGCCUUUCAUUGUGAUGUGGACUCUGAAAAAACUGCCACUGUUACUCAAAGGGAAGUUGAGAAAAGUUUAUGCAAAAGGUCAGAGAUUUCCUUGCAAGGCAGCUGGAUUUGCGAGAUCACAACAUGAGGAGAUCAUGCAAGAAUCCAUCUUGUCAGGCUUCAAUUGAUGCACUUGUGUCUGAACCACCAGUGGUUUGGACCAAUCAACGUCCUAUCAGGAUUCUUGUGUGACUUUGUGAUCUCUUGAAUCCAGCUGCCUCGCAAGGUAAGACAGUGAUGGUUCAUCCAAUCACCUGCCAAGUAUUUUUUGAAAGUGCCUGCCCUUUUCCAAACAGUUUCCAAGGAUGACGUCUGUAGGAGAAUUUACUGCUUUAUAUCAUGGCCUUAAUCAUGGAGCCAGUUUGCUUGAUGACAUGUAAAUACAGCAGGUUAAAGUGAAGUUGACUCGACGAGGAUGGGAUUCGAACCCACGCGUGCAGAGCACAAUGGAUUAGCAGUCCAUCGCCUUAACCACUCGGCCACCUCGUCUGUUGACACUGUUUAAAUGUCCAUUCACUCAUGUCACUGUUUGGAAAAUCUAUGAAACACAAUGAAGUCAGUUGACAUGGCAACUGAAUAUGUGAAUCCUGAAUGAAUUGUACAGAUUGGGUUAUUUGUAGUUGUGCACAAUAAUGUUCUUGGGGAUACUACAUACACACAGAGGGAAAACCUUCUGGAGAAUGCGGGCAUCGAUCCCGCUACCUCUCGCAUGCUAAGCGAGCGCUCUACCAUUUGAGCUAAUUCCCCUGUGCAAAGCACAGAAUGUGAAGCUCCAACUCUCAGCUGCUUCUCCUCUUCUGCUUCAGAAUGUCAGUUCAUGUUUCUCAAGCUGUUUUCAAACUUCAGCUUAAAUAUUUUCUCAGUAUCAAUGAAUCUGACUAAUUAUGAUAUUGAUUGUGGUGCAGAAUAAGGUUCCUGGAAUGUCAUAAAUGGGUGUCAUGUGGACGGAUGCAGAGGAAAGUUGUAUCUUACUGACAAGGAGAAACAAAGGGUCAAGGGUCUUCUAGAGAAUGCUAAGCAAGUGCUCUACCAUUUCAGCUAAUUCUCCUGUAACUAAAAGGAGCACUCCACCUAAAAAUCUGUCUGAUGACCUUCAAUCACUCCCCUCCUGCAAUCUUGAAAUGUGGCUUUUCUUCAGUUUGUUAUGUAAUGUUGUUUUUUUUUAAAUUUCUGACUGUGUGGAAACAGUCCCCCCUCCGUCCUCUGCUGCACCAUAGACCAUAGGCAUUGCUAUAAUGCCCAGCUGCAGCACAGCUUCAAUCAGCUCACCAAAGAGUUCCUGAGUCUGACGCUGGUUGAAAAUUACACACAGCCCAGGAAGUACGCAGGUAACCUGUCUAGGAAGAGCUCAUUUUGCACACAGGCAGGGACACACAGCCAAUGGCUCUAACAGGCCAAAUGAAGUAAUCAGACAUAUCGUUCAGUGGAGCUUAUUGAGGUGGAGUGCGUGUACUCCCAGACGGGCGCUAUGCUGCAGCGGGAUGUAGGCCGGGAUCCCGACACUCCAGAUGCGGCAAACAAGGCGGAAGAGGAGUGGGAGGACCAGUACAAGGAGGAGCAGGAGGACGAGGGGUUCCAGGAGGAACUGGAGGAUAUGAGGUUUGCGGGAGACCUCUGGCUGUCACAGCCUAGGGUUAGGGGUCAACCGCCCCCACCUCAUCAUUACAGUCGGGCCCUGUCACACCAGAGCCAGUGGAGGAUGAGGAGGAAGACUUUGUUGCAGGAUGUACUUGGUCCAGACGGUCACAGAGGGUACCAGCAUGCUGUCCGUCUGGCCCAUGCCCUCGUAGAGCUGCGUCGCAGCAGGUGAGGGAGAUAGCCGUACUCUGGCAGAAGCUGUCGGACAGGGACAAGGCUAUCUCUUUCCCCCGCGCCACCAGGACUGGCUUGUCAAGGAGACGGGCCCACACACCAAGCGUUAACAGCAUGAUGCGGUCCUACAUUGGCCGGGGUGCGGGUGCAGCACAGUCUCUGUGCAGCUGUGCCGCAUACACUAUGAGGGCCGUACUAUUGUCGGGGUCCGGGUAAACCACUGGGCGGCUGUCAAGAGGGACAACUGUCUCAUCAGAGACAAUGUCUACAACAGCAAGGACCUCACAGCAGCCACCAACCUCCAGCUUUAUGAGGUCAACCACCAGACCCUUCUGCAGUGACUGAAGCCGCCCAGCCUGCCAGGCUGCCUUCAAGCCAGAAAACUGCAUGAACUGAAAGCAGUGUUGACUGAGGACCAGACAGUCGUCUGCUACAGCUGUUAUUAAUGUCACAUAUUAGACCUUCAUUGUUAUAUAAAUACUGUGGGACAUUGCUGCCACCCUCUGUUCAGACUGUGGCACAAACAGCACAAACUGUAACUCAUUUUGCACAAAACACUUGUCCUCAAAACCUUUUGUAUUGAAUUUCUUUGUAUUUCUUUCUUAUUGAAGUAUUUUGUAUCUGUUAGAAAUCUCUCACUGUUGGCUUUUAUUAAUCAUUGAGUUGAAAGGAAUCAAUUGAGUUGCAUUUUUAAAAGUGAGAUUCUCCUCUGUUCAUUCUCACACUGCAGCCUCUGCUCUCUGUGUCCACACACACACACUCACACAGGUGUUGUCUUCAAGUCUGGCCUUCAACAGGUGACAUUGAUGACCAUUGGUCAGAAAGUGCUGCUGUAAAAUGCAGAGAGAGAAUGCUGAUUGGUUGAAGGAAACCUGGUUUUCUGGACAUUUGGUUCAAAAAGCUGCCUGACAUUAUCCUGAUUAUUUCACUGUUUCACAGAGACAGUUGUUGGGCUUUAAAGGAGUGUGUUUGGUUAUUAGCUAUCAUUUAUAAUUAUCAGAGAUAAUUAUGAAUUAUGAAAUUAAAAAUUAUUAACUUAGUUAAUAAUGCGGGGCACCACCCGGAGACCGGGACUAAUAACCAACUGUAAAGGUAGUCUCAAACAAAGUAUUCACUUAAGGGGAGCUAAUACCUGGUGUAUCAUCACCUCUAAGUGAAUGGUGAAGGUGAAAGUCUGAGCACUGGCUCCCUCAAUCAGUCAUUUAGCACAAUAACAGAUGCACAAUAAUGACAAGAAACUUCUCUUUAAAGCUAUAAAUAGUAUUUAUUAACUUCCACAAGAACUAACAAGGUCAACAAUUGUUUCAAUCAACAAAUACUAUACUACCAACUAAUACUAGCGAAAAACACAUAAAACAGCAGCUGUGUAAAGGUAAAUGGGUAAACUGAAGCAUGUGUGUGUGUGUGUGUGUGUGCAUGUGAGAGAGGAUGUAAGAGUAAGUGUAAGCGUGUAUGUGUAUGUGCGUGUGAGUCACAAGAUGGCCGACGUGGAUCACGUGAUGAUACAAGUGACUCAAGAUGGUGCGGCUUCCGGGGGAAGUCGUGUCACAUGAGAACAACCGGCGGAAGACGCCGCAGAGUUCCAGUUAACAAUAGCAGACAGCGCCGACCGGUGGUCGGUGGCGUUUCUGCACUCACGUGUCUGAUGGCGGAUAACAAAGGGGCAAGACGGCGCUAUGGCCCUCUGUUAUCUGACUAUCAGAUGUGUGGAAAACGUGCGUAGUUAGGUGGAUGUGUAAGUGUAUGUGCGUGUGUGUGGGUGUUAGUAAGAGAAGGAAAGAGAGGAAGGGAGAUCGACUCUCGGUCCCGCGACCGUGAGGGGAGAGUAGCGGUUGCUUUGUCUACAGAGAGUGGGAGUAUGGACGGUAGUCGGUACGCACGUUGUCUGGUUGUGGACUGACAAAGCAACUUACUUUCCACUUGCAGUGGCACAAACACAGAAAUCCCAAAUGGGAUAACACAAACAGUUUAGCGUGGUGAGCACAAACUAAACAGGCAGCAACUUAAAAUACACUCCUCAGAGUGCAGCAGCAAACGGGACUCGGCGGUCCGUUAAACACACAAAAACAAUACAAGCACUAAGCUCAUAAACACACAACUCUAAUACUAUCUCUGCCCAGACAACCUCUUACUUGUGUCGCUCUCUGGAGCGAACCGAUGUGUGUGGCAAAGUCCGUCAGUGAAAUCCAGCAGCGGGUCCUCCGGUGCGUGGUGCUGGCGGAGCCGUCCUUGUUUCCCGGGAAUGACGGCGACCCCUGGUGACGCAGCCUACCACCUCCCCGUUCCAGACACAUACCAAGUGUCCUCAACGGUCCACUCACGGAGCACGACCGCUCCGCCAUCCAGGGAUAUGUUGCAGUCUGCCCUGAAACAAAGGGGUCAGUGCUACAACCAGACUCCCUCCACACUGCAAAGUGCAGGGUACUGGUCUCACCACCACCACGAUGAGUUUGGCUAUGAGGGGAUGAUGGAAGAUCCGGAUGGCCCGCCGCCGCCAACUUACAGUUUGAGGACCCGUCAAAUCGAGUCUCUCACCCGUGAUGUAGAGCAAUUCGACCCGAGAAAUCACGAGUCAAACAUCGAUGAUUAUCUCAGGGAGACUGAGCGGUGCCUGGUUGAUCUUCCAUAUGCCUCUCCACGCGAGAAGCUCAAGCUGGUGUGGAAAACCACGGCAAGAGAAGUCCAUGUUUUCAUGGAAACUCUGCCAGCGGAGACCAGAGACUGGUACCCAGCCCUCUGCAGAGCCUUGCAGGAGGAAUACUCGCUGUACACAGACGAAGCCUCCGCCACUCUCAGCGCCCUUACUAUCACCCAGAGGAAGCACGAGCCUCCGCGUGAGUAUUACAGGCGUCUGAGAGCCGCCUACUUCCAAGGGCGCAAUGCCCCUGGCCUGGAAGAGGAGCAAGCCUUCCGAUCCCUCUUCCUCCACAAUCUCCAUGAAAGCAUCCGGUACGAUGUUACCAUGCACUGCCGCACUGGUAACUACACGACGCAAGAAAUCAGGAGAUACUCUCAGAUGGCAUGGGAAACACGCAUCCGCCCAACCAAAGGGCAUGAGACGGAAGCCAGAGUCCUUGAGGUCUGAACUUCAGAAAACGACACCUUGAUGCUAGAAGGCGACGAAGUGCCUCGCACCAAGGGCAAUUUCAGAGCGGGGCCCCAAGGACACCGACCACCUCGCCAGCAAGGGGAAGCACAGAGCCAAAGAGGUGGCAGCCCAGCGCAGAACCAGGGCCACUUUAAGCCACGAAGGCAGGACUCUGAGCAGAACACUAAGCACCUGAAUCAGUCAGGUAAAGCCAGGAACUUCACUAGGAAGGAACGCCUUAAGG